AAACCAUCUGAAAACAAUUACUUUUAAGUUUUAACCAACAACAAAAAUGGCGGCUUUUACAACCAAACAGUCUCUGUUGUUGUUGUCUCUUCUGCUCUUGAUCAGCCUCUCCGCAGGAAGUUUCUACGACAAUUUCGAUAUCACUUGGGGAAAUGGUCGUGCCAAUAUAGUAGAGAGUGGACAGCUUUUGACUUGCACUCUCGACAAAAUCUCCGGUUCAGGUUUUCAAUCAAAGAAGGAGUAUUUGUUCGGAAAGAUCGAUAUGAAGAUGAAACUAGUCGCCGGAAACUCAGCAGGAACCGUCACUGCUUACUACCUUUCAUCUAAAGGUGAGACAUGGGAUGAAAUCGACUUCGAGUUCUUGGGUAAUGUUACCGGACAGCCUUAUGUACUUCAUACAAAUGUGUUCACCGGAGGCAAAGGUAACCGUGAAAUGCAGUUCUAUCUCUGGUUUGAUCCCACUGCUGAUUUCCACACCUACACCGUCCUGUGGAAUCCUCUCAACAUCAUCUUUCUCGUGGAUGGAAUCCCAAUCCGAGUGUUCAAGAACAACGAGGCUAAUGGCGUGGCCUACCCGAAGAGCCAGCCAAUGAAGAUUUAUUCAAGUCUUUGGGAAGCUGAUGAUUGGGCUACACAAGGCGGGAAAGUCAAGACAGAUUGGACCAAUGCUCCAUUCAGCGCUUCCUACAAAAGUUUCAACGAUGUGGACUGCUGCAGCCGGACCUCGUUGUUGAAUUGGGUAACAUGUAAUGCGAAUAGCAACUCGUGGAUGUGGACUACCCUUAACUCAAAUCAGUAUGGACAGAUGAAGUGGGUGCAAGAUGAUUAUAUGAUCUAUAACUAUUGUACGGAUUUUAAGAGGUUCCCUCAAGGUUUGCCUACGGAAUGCAAUCUCAACUGAUCAUGUUACCGAGAAAACUGAAGCACUUGACACAAUUUUGUUUCUUUCUUUGUUUUCCUUUUCACCUCAAUAUUUGUUGAUUCAUUUCCCAUAUUGGUUAGCUGAUUAUUUGUUUUGUAAUCUUUAUAAUUUGGUUACGAUUGAUUCAUAGCAAAAACUGUUGGAAUAAAAUGUGAUCUGAACCACUUUAAAUAAACAUGAGAACAGAG